AUGGUUCCGCCGCCUCCCGCAGAGAGGCCGCUGCUGCCGCGGGCGCUGCCGGCGCCUCCCCGGCUGCCGCGGGCGGCCCCGCCGCCGGCCCGGCGUGUCAUGCCCCGCCGCGCCGCCGCUGCCGCCUCCCGCGGCGAGGGCGCGCCGCCGCGGCCCCCGCCCCCGGGGCCGGGCGGAGCCAGCGCCGCGCCGAGGCACGCCGGGCCCCUGGGCCGGGCCGGCUCGGCGGGGCCGCCGGUGAGCGGGCGGCAGCCCCGCCGCCGCCAUGAAGAGCUGCCAGUUGACUGCAUCCAGCUGAAAGUGCCAGUCAUCCAGCAGCUGUACCACUGGGACUGUGGGCUAGCCUGCUCCAGGAUGGUACUGCAGUACCUGAAUCAUUUGGACAAUGAUGAAUUUCAGAAAGCCAUCCAGGAACUCCAGUUAACAAAGAGCAUCUGGACCAUUGACCUGGCUUACCUAAUGCGGCACUUUGGUGUUAAGCAUAAAUUUUGCACCCAGACGCUGGGAGUGGACAAGGGCUACAAAAACCAGUCAUUCUACAGGAAGCACUUUGACACAGAAGAGAAUCGAGUGAAUCAGCUCUUUGCACAAGCCAAAGCCUGCAAGGUGCUGGUGGAGAAGUGCACAGUAACUGUUCAAGACAUCCAGAAACAUCUGUCCCAAGGUCACAUAGCCAUCGUCCUAGUGAAUGCAGUUCUGUUACUGUGUGAUCUUUGCUCAAGUCCUGUCAAAUACUGCUGCUUCCUCCCCAUCGGGCAGAAGUGCUUCUGCAGGAAUCAUGACUACCAGGGCCAUUUCAUCGUGUUGUGUGGCUACAACAAAGCCUCAGGGAGUAUUUACUACAACAACCCAGCCUAUGCUGACCGAACAUGCAGCACCAGCGUCAGUAACUUUGAGGAAGCCAGGACAAGUUACGGCACAGAUGAGGAUAUUCUCUUUAUCUACACAGACAGCUGACAUCCACAUCUGAUACUUCCAGUCAUUUCUGGUGCAGCCUGCAUGGCAGCUGGCUGCUUGUCUCAGGACUCCCCCUGCAGAGACCUUGCUUCUGAAUUGCAGUGGGAUCUUAAACAAGGGAGGCUUUAUAGACAUUGAUAGGACUAUAUUGCAAUGCUGUCUUCACCUUUUUAUUCCUGAUGAAAUAUCUGAUUUUGCAAUAUAUGUCACACAUUUUUUCCCAUUUUUAAUAGUGCAUAUUUGACAGCAGUUUUAAAAUGCAGGCCCAGAGUCUGUUGGCUUUAAGAUUAUUUUCAAAUUAAACACAUGAAGAAAAGCAACAAAUCUGUGGACUUAAACACUUGGGAAUACAUGCAUAGGUUUAGGUAAACAAAACCAGGAAAAAUAGCAAAUACCUGUUUCUCUCUCUCUUUCAAAGCAUCAAGGGCUGAUCUUCAUUCUAAAUCUAGGUAUUUGAAGUUCAGCAGGAUAUUGUGGAAGGAAAAAAUAUUAGCUUAAGCCAGCAAAGCAUUUUCACCAUUUAGAAGUGGCUUAUCAACACUGUCUACAUUGUGGGAAUGAAACACAUUUCCUGAAGGAAAUUUCCCAUUUAUUAAAUUCACCUUACACAGUUUUAGCGUUUAUGUCACUGAAUUAAGUUUUAAAGUGUAGCUAUUGGUACUGUUCCCUUGCACUACAUACUUAGUCUCUUUUUUGGCCAACUCCUCUAGGAAUGAUGGCCCAGAGCUCUGUAUUAUCCCAGAAGUUUAAGCGAGGACAUUUUAUUUGGACUUAGGAGUCUUUAUGGGUCUUUGCAAGAACUUCUGUACGUUAUGCCACCUACCUGUGCCAGUUUUUACAGUAUCCAGUCUAAAUACAAACUUUAAACUGAUUAAACAAAUACAGAAAAUGAUCAUCCACACACUAAUGGUAUACAUUUUAUGAGUAAUUUUUAAACACCUGACAGAAGAGACUGGACUGUAACUAAAAGCCUGAAUUGCAAUUUGAGGCCAAACUUUGCUGUUGAUAUUAAUUUAGUGACCUUGUAAGAAGAGCUAAAACUACUGAAAAAACAGGGAAGACAGACUUUUCUUGGCUGAAGUAAAGAGGCAGGAACUCAGAUUUUCUAGCUCUUCUUACACUACAGCUGUGUUUGGAUUAAACUGCAGUUACUCACUGUGUUCAGACAUUUUCGAGUUAAAUUACUAGAUAGCAGCCCAUUCAUAAUCCUUUCAUGUAUUACUUUGGUUUACUUACUUUGAAGAGGAGCACUGUAAAGUGUAGGAAAUACUCACCUAGUUCAGACUUACCCAUCACAAUUUCCUAUGUCUUUAUCUCCAGUCCUGCCUAUGUUAAAGCGGGUAGAAAAAUAAAUACUAAAUUAAAGCUAACAAAAUUUUGUUACAGAUCACACACCUUUGGCAUGGUUUUAAGAACAACACUCUGUGGAAUAACAGCAAAGAGACAUUGCCAGUUAGUGGUGAAGAUAAUAAAUAAGAAUCUCUACUUCCAGCAUGAUAGAAAGAUAAUAUUUGUAAGAGAAAACAUUUUCUUCUGUCAGUUGUUGACUUACUGAAAAGUACCUGAGAAGGAGGUAAAAAGGCUAAAAAAAAUAGGCGUUUAAAAUGCAGCAGCCUUUAAAAAGUUUUGACAAAAAGUACGUGACAGGAAAUUUAUUGCAUAUCUGAUUCUGCUUAUUGUUGUCUAAGUUGGAAUACAUUCUGGAACUUGUACAUGCCAAGAUGAGUAAGAAUUAAAGUGUGAGUUGUGAGCAGUAGAGCCAGUACACUAGUGCCAUCAGUAGAAUCCCAGAAAGAGAUUCAAGAUCCAAAACCUAUCAUAGCUAAUGCCUUCUGACUCCCCCAAAAUAAGCCACCAGCACACUACUGAUUUGGGAAAUUGUAUGUCCAAGUCCAACUUCAUGAUGUUUGAUUUAGAGAGAUUGUAUUAGCUAUGUUACUCAUUAACAGGUGUGUAAACUACAGGCUGAUAGGCUACUCCGUUAACCCAUGCACUUUCAGUCAGUUAAUUUAUUCAAUACCAUUAAACUGCCACAAGGUUUAUUUUUAGAGUGAGCUUGGUUUAGCUAAAUAAAACAAUUCUUACAAAAGGCUUAUAACUGAUGUUUAGCCUCUUACUGGAUUCAGUUAUCCAAAUGUAAAUCUUGAACUGUACAAAAAACAUGAACUGGAGGACAUGCUAAAUGGUCUGAAAUGCACACAUGGGUGUAACAUUAUUGACUGUUAAGCAUUUGGUACCCAGGGUUCAAAUAGUUCAACAGAAGUGAAAGAUAAAAAGCUGUUUAAGCUAAUAAAGACAAAAUUAAGAGUUCCACCCACCGCAACAGCAUUUCUUAUGGCCAGAUGGAAAAUAGUUAUGAAAGAUGAAAAUGGAAGGGAGAGAAAGAAGCCAACUAAAAAGAAAACUGAGUUUUUACAUGACACAAAUUCAGAUUAAAAGGAAGCUCACUGAGCAAAUAUUCAGAACACUGACAUUUUCUGAAACUGUUUUCCAUGACAAGAUUGCUUAUGAAAAUAACUCAUUCUGAGAAUGUUUUGUCUGCCAUUUCAUUUCCUUCAUUAUGUCCACAGCAAAGAAAGGGAUAUUUUACAUGCAGGGAUUUUAUACAUAAAUAUAUUUUUUAUUUGUAAUUAAGCCAUUCUCAAUAAAGGUUUAAAGUAGCAGAUAACCCUGUA